UGACAUAGUAGACUAAGAAUGGCUUCACGCAAACGCAGGUGUAUACGUCUUAUCAUUUCCGGUAUCAGUGAAGAGGAACGACGUUGCCAAUUUGACAUUAAUUCCACAUUUCCGUGGCGGUAAUGUUUGUCGAAUAUGGCGUAGUGUAUUGGAAAUAAUAUAGAUAGCAGUACGAGACUUGAUUGUCCCAUCGGCGUUGUAUUGCGAGUUGCCCCCCAUUAUUUUUCCAUCGGGGAGGCUAAAGCUAAAGCUAGCAAGACUUAGCCGAGCCGCACACCUUUUAGUUGUCGGUGUGUAACACUCAUUGCUAAUGAGUCAUGGCCACUCGGCGUCUGACAGAUGCCUUCUUGUUAUUGCGGAACAAUGCUAUCCAAAACCGGCAGAUAUUGGCUGAGCAAGUGAGUACAAACGACCCCCGUCUGAGUACACGUAGCAAUGCUGCGUUGGCUGACGAUCGGAUGGCCUUGGUGUCGGGAAUCAGUCUGGAUCCCGAAGCGGCCGUCGGCGUCACCAGGAAGUUGCCGCCCAAAUGGGUCGAGGGCAUCGACGAGAUCCAGUAUGAAAUUUCAAGGGUUCGUCAGAAGAUGAAGGACCUGGCAUUGCUUCACGAUAAGCACAUGAAUCGACCCACGCUGGAUGACAGCAGUGAAGAAGAGCACGCCAUCGAAAUCACAACACAGGAGAUCACACAGAUGUUCCACCGAUGUCAGCGAGCCGUAACGGGCCUGCAGUCUCGCUGCGGCCACUGCACCGAGCAGGAGGAGCGACUACUCAGAAAUGUGGUCUCGUCUCUGGCGCAAAGUCUUCAGGAGUUGUCCAUCAAUUUCAGGCACACGCAGUCCAGCUACUUAAAACGCAUGAAGAAUCGUGAGGAGCGAUCGAAGCACUUUUUUGACUCGGGACCGUUAAUGGAAGAGGAUGAAGAUCUAGCUUUGUAUGACAAGGGCUUCACCGACGACCAGUUGAUGCUUGUGGAGCACAACACAGUCAUGGUGGAAGAGCGGGAACGAGAGAUCAGACAAAUCGUUCAGUCAAUCUCGGAUCUGAACGAGAUUUUCCGCGACUUGGCCGGAAUGGUGGUGGAGCAGGGCACCGUUCUCGACAGAAUCGACUUCAAUGUGGAGCAAGCGUGUGUCAAAACAGACGAUGGCUUGAAACAGUUACAAAAGGCAGAGCAGUACCAGAAGAAAAACAGGAAGAUGCUGGUCAUUUUGAUCCUCUUUGUCAUAGUCAUCAUUCUAAUUAUUAUUCUUUUUUCAACCAAGUUUUAAUCUUACAUUCCUUUUUGCUCUCUGUCUGAACGUUUGUCGUGGACCUCUGCUCAAAACCAAGUUGACAGCCUUUCUUUCACACCAAGUGGGAAUAGUGAAAUUCCAUGUCCGUUUUCUGGUGUGCUUUGGGCUGUGCCGACGUGUUUUUUUUUUUCUAAAUCAAAGAAACAAUCAAAAGUAUAAUUGACUCACACGUAUUUGUCUUGGCUCAUACCUGACCGUGUUGGCAUAUCUGUCUGUCGUUUUCAAGAGAAAACACUUUACGGCAUACAUAAGUGGAGACGCAUGUGAUGAUGUCGCAGUAGAAUUGUCUCUGCGUCAUUUCAAUGUGAAAAUGGGGUUAGCAAUCCAAGAAAAGCAGUAUUUUUACAGUGAAAGUCAGCAAGAACAACACCAAACAUUGCAACAGUUCAGUACCAAAUGAUUUAUACGGAUUAAGUGCAACUUUUUGAUGAUGUAAAAAAAUGUUUUUACGUUCUGGAUUCAUGGUACUGAAGUGGUUGCAAGUACCGCUGCUUGCCUGAUCCAUCACAUCGUUUUAAAAUUCACCCAUUCGUCAUCCAUAUAUUUUUGCUUGAUUUGAAAUGACCUCCCCCCGCCACCCCCACGGUCCCUGCAUUGAGUGCUACCUUUUAUUACCUGCAGUUUGCACAUACUUGAGGCCUGAGCAAGAGAGAGGUGUUAUGGAUGUAAAACUACUGUCAUCUGUACGAUGAAAAGAAUUAUUUAUUUUUUAAAACUGCAAAUGAUCCAGAGCGGCAGAAUUACUACACAGUGUAUUUGGUAAAACAAGUAGCUUGAAUAUUCAUGUUCGUCACUUCACGAAGAAAACUGUGAUCCAUCCCAGACAACCAGCGACAUUGCAACCGCGUUAUGUUUUAUUCUGCUCUGAUUUUGUUCUUGCUCUGUUGAUCUAUAAAGACUGAUAUGCUGAAAGGAUGAUGAGCUUUAUUUGACGGAUCUGUAUUCCACUGUCGGGUUAAGCGUGGCCGCUGUUACAGUGUCCUUGAGCAACACACACACACACCGCCCCCGUUGCGCCUCAUGUGAGCUGCUUAGUGCCUAGCCACCGUCGUCAGUGGCCCCCUUUACAUCGUCAAAGGCGCCAUUUUUCUGCAUCACUGUUCUGUAAGCAAAAUAGGGGACCAAGUUGACGAGCCUGUUCAGUUUUCGUCUUCAGCAGCCACUUUUAUGCUGCCUGUUAAAGAGUCUGUUGUAUAAAAUGCAGCACACAGAAUACGGGGUGUCAUAGUCGACCUUCGGGAAGUAGUAUAAAAGGCCCAUUUUGCCAUGCCAGAACCGGAGCUUCUCCCACUCUGUUGUUUGAAAGCACUUGUUAUCGUCUAGCAAGUAUUCCACAUGUCAAGAAGGAUGCUUGUGAUGACGUCCUCAAGAAUGCCAUGGCUUCUCUGAGAAAUUAUGUAUGAAUGACACACUUGACAUGUGAAGGUAGAAGCUUUGCAUUGCAGCUAGUUUUUUUUAAAUAUAUACUGUAUACAUGUUAAAUCAUUUCUGUUAUUAAUGUGAAGUUGUGUGUGAAAAAAUGUGCAAUUGGUACUCGUGUGGGGAGUUGUUUUUAAAUAAACCUGCAACAUGA